AUGACUGUAGCUUUCCAUGAAAACAUAGUUUCUUCUUCAUCUUCCUCUUUAUCUUCCUCUGGUUGCUCGGCUUGUCUGAGGACUCUCAGGGAUUUUACCUGAAAGCUUGUUGUGGCUCAAACCCAAAGUGUUAGCUCGCCGAGCUUGGAAAACGUUUGUGGGAUAUGGCCAGAGAGGUUGUUGUAUGAAAGGUCUAAGGUCUCUAGCUUCUCAAGAUCUCCAAAACUUUGUGGGAUGAUUCCAGAGAUGUUGUUGUGUGAGAGGUUUAAAAGCUUUAGGUUUUUGAGAUUGCCUAAAGAAGCUGGGAUGUCUCCGGAGAACUUGUUCUUGGAGAGAUCUAAGAGAGACAAACCAGAAGUUGAAGAGGAGCUCUCAUCAGGAGAUUGUAUAAUGCCUGUGGAUUCCCAAGAGAUGAUGGAAGAGACCCAUCAAGAUUGUUCUCAGAGAGAUCCAAGAUCCUGAGACUUGUGAGAUUUGAUAUGUCUUCUGGGAUUGAACCUUUGAGGGAAUUGUUUCUCAGGCUAAGCAACUCUAGAGAUGGGAAUACUCGGGAGAUGAAACUCGGGAAUUUACCAGAGAUUUUGUUAUCUUGAAGAUCAAGAUGCUUCAGAAUUGGGAGAUUUGUCAAGUUCUGAGGGAAUUCACCACUGAAAUUGUUCUGACUCAUUGAAAGCAUCAUGAUGUGUAACCCAAAGGAAGUUGGAACAUCCCCAGUGAACUCGUUGGAAGAUAUAUCAAGAAACAUAAGAAAUGACUCCACACGAUAAUCCACAUAGAAUCUUGGGAAUUCACCUGAAAAUCUGUUCUUUGACAAGUCCAGCAACCGCAGCCCGUAGAUCUUUGAAAUAGACUUUGGUACUGAUCCUGAGAAGUUGUUUUCUGACAACGUCAAUACUAUGAUCGAUGA